AUGGCCAGGCUCACAGCUCUGUGGAGCCUCUUUUUUGUCUCCAUAGCUAUAGCAGCACCACAAGGCUCUCAGCCAUCAGCAUCUGCAAGCUCAAUUAGCCCCAGCCCAUCGGGUGCAGAUGAAGCGGUAGUUCUGACUACAGAAGAGAGAGACGAGUUGUUUAAUCUUCAUGAAGAGCUUGUCAAUAUCCCCUCUAUCUCUGCCGAUGAAGUCGAAUGCGCCGAGUUUAUCACAGGCUAUUUGAAAGAGCUGGGAUACUACGUCGAGGAGGUACCAGAAGAGGAUACAGGGGCUUACAAUGUCUUUGCGUAUCCUCAGUCAUUGAAAGAUGAGGGUGCAUGGCCCGAGGUCUUGAUUACAAGCCAUAUCGACACUGUACCACCCUUUUACCCUUUUGAACGACGCGAAGAGAACGGUACAAUUUACCACUACGGCCGUGGCUCUGUCGACGCCAAAGGCCUCAUCGCGAGUAUGAUCGUUUCCGCGCACAAGUUCUUCGAGUCUCAGACCUCAACGCCUAGUCUCGGUAUGCUCUUCGUCGUCAGCGAAGAGACGGGUGGCGCAGGAAUGAGAGCGUUCGCCUCCUACGCAUCCAACACCACAUUCCGUGCCGGUAUCUUCGGCGAGCCUACCGAACUCAAGCUUGCGAGCGGACACAAGGGCUUCACAAGCCUGGCAUUGAGUGUCGAAGGAAAGUCGGCGCACUCUGCGUAUCCAUGGCUAGGCAUAAGCGCCAUCAACUAUUUGAGCGAGGCCGUCGUCACAUUGAAUAGUCUUGAGCCAGCCCUUCCUGAAAGCGAACUACUAGGCGCAACAACACUCAACACAGGCCUCAUACAAGGCGGUAUCGCUUCCAACGUCGUCCCCGACGCAGCCAAUGCAAGCAUAGCCAUUCGCAUAUCUCGCAGCGAGGAUGAUGCUGUCCAAAACGUCAAAGACAUGAUCGAGGGUAUGCUAUCCCCCAUUGUCACGCGUGCGAAAGCAGCAAAUGCAACUUUCAAUAUCAAAUGGGCCGAUGCAGCCAAUGCUGCAACCAUCUUGGACACGGAUAUCGAGGGUCUGGAAGCCGCGCCUGUGUUUUACGGAACAGAUAUUCCAAAUCUGCCACAGGUGGAGAAGAGGUAUUUGUUCGGUGCAGGAACGAUUCAAGUCGCGCAUACGGCGAAUGAAGGGUUGGAUCGUGAAGAGCUGGUCAAGGCCGCAGAGGCUUAUGGAAUGAUCUUGAGAGGCUUAUUUGAGGAGUAG